AUGACCUCUGUAGUCGAGGCGGGAUAUAAAAUGAAGUCUCAUAGUGGGGCCAAAAAGCGUUGGAGAUCCCUUGCUUCAGGAAGUAGCUUUAAACGCGGGAAAGCAAACCACCAGCAUCUGAAUGUGACCAAACCACCGGCGCGUAAAAAUCGAUUAUCGACAACUGCGUACUCUACUGCUGCUCAGACACACAAACUCAAAAAAUUACUGCUACCUUAUGGGUCUAAUUAA